UCCAACCUGGUAUUUCAAAUCCUGCUCUCAUCUUCAUGUUGUCUCUUGUUCUUGUAAUGAAUCUGAUGGCGUCCAUUUCUGGGGAAGGCGGUGGCACCUGCAAGCCCAAUGGGAGAUUAACCGGGAAGAAGCCUCCACCGGGAAAAUGCAAGGGAGACUGCUGCCAUCCGGGGAAGUCGUACCCCAUCUUCCAGUGUUCGCCGCAGCUGACAAAGCGGACGAAGGCCACUCUAACUCUGAACAGCUUUAGGAGAGGCGGAGACGGAGGAGGGGCAGCAGCGUGCGACAACAAGUUCCACUCAGACGACACUCCGGUGGUGGCGCUAUCAACGGGAUGGUUCAACCACAAGAAGAGGUGCCGCAAGAGUAUCGUCAUCUUUGGGAAUGGAAGGAGGGUGAAGGCCACGGUGGUUGACGAGUGUGACUCCACAAAAGGCUGCGAUGCAGAGCAUAGUUUUCAGCCUCCGUGCCCUCCUAACGUCGUUGAUGCUUCUAAAGCUGUUUGGAAGGCUCUGGGUGUGCCCCAGAAAGACUGGGGCGAGCUUCAUGUUGAAUGGUCUGAUGCAUGGAGAACAAGUUCUCGUGCACACACAUAAUGUUUGAGGCUAGCUUGCUUGUAUCUACGAGCCAAUGAUGUGCACGAGAAUUCCUCUCCAUGUGUGCGGGAAUAAGGUGAAGAGAAAUUUUUAGGUACGUUGAAUUUAUAGAAAAUAUAGCAACAAGCGGAUCAUGAAAAGACGCAACGCCUAUCAAAAGCGGCUUAAAGAAGGGAGAGUUCCAUGUCAUGGUUAAGGCAUCGAAUUCUUCUGACAGAUAUGAUUAAGUUAUAACAUACUAUUUUUCAAAGUUAUUAUUGAUAUUUUUAAAGUUACAAUUCGGUUUGCUCGAAAAAAUGUUCUUGCUUUGUUACGAGUUGUAACUUUGAGAAACAUCAGCGGUGACUUUAAAAAGUAGAAUAAAUCAUUUUGGCCCUGCAGAAAAAAUAUUGAUUUUUAUGAUCUUUUAAAAUAAUUAUCAUUUGCUAUAUAUAUGAUCAGGUUCAGUGGAACUUCCCCUUUCAUAAAUCUCCUCACGUGCCCCGUGUCUAUUUUAUGAUCAGUUUGGUAUAUAAAUUUUUCCAUGAAUUCAACCUGCUUGAAAAAUUUUCUUUUAAAGGGUACCAUGGUUUGUGAUUUUCUUAAUUGAAA